AAAUCCUCUAAAGUUCAAAGCUUUGUUGUCAAUGGCGCGAGGCUUUAUGAUUUUUCCAUACACCAAAAACUCUUCACAAUUUCUCCUAAAUUCCAUUUCUGUACCUUCAAGAUUCACAAAAUUACUGUAUUACCCUUCUUCAUCUCUCCAUUUCUCUCUUUCAAAUCCUCCUCCUCGAUUUCUGUGCAGUUGUUGCAGUCAUCUCCAAGAAAAUGGCACAAUUGACAUGUCAGCUUACUCAAAAACAUUUGGAAAGCGUAUGGCUAUGGUGGGUCUCAAACCCCAUCAUCCUAUUGUUUUGGGUGUUUCUGGUGGCCCUGAUAGCAUGGCCCUCUGUGUCUUAACUGCUGCAUGGAAAUCCAAUAGCCUCGGCAUUGCUGCUCAAAAGAAUGGGUUUGUUGACGGGCUUUUAGCAGUGGUAGUUGAUCAUGGACUUCGUGCUGAGAGUAAAGAUGAGGCUCACCUUGUUCACCAUCGAGUCACAAGCAUGGGAAUCAAAUGCGAGAUUGCUUGCUGUGAAUGGUCAGAAGGCAAGCCAAAGCAGGGUCAUUUGCAAGAAGCAGCUCGUCAGAAAAGGUAUGAAAUUCUCCAAAGUGCUUGCAUCCGGCAUCAGAUUGGUGUAUUGAUGACUGCACACCAUGCAGAUGACCAGGCGGAACUAUUCAUUCUCAGGUUGUCUCGUAAUAGUGGCGUGCUUGGACUCGCUGGAAUGGCAUCUGUUUCACAGCUGUUCUCUACAUGUCCAGAUUUAAGUACUGAAGUGAGUAGGAAUGGACUUUUAUUGGUGAGACCUCUGCUGGAGUAUUCUAAAGAAGAUAUGUACAAGAUAUGUCUAGCUGCCAAUCAAGAAUGGGUUGAAGAUCCCACGAACAGAAGUGCAUUAUUUGCUCGUAAUAGAAUUCGGAUGAUAUUGACUGACUUGGCAUCACCUAUAUUCAGAUCCGAGUUACAAGCACUUAUUGCUGCUUGUCGGAGAACAAGGUUUCAUAUUGACAAAAUUUGUUCCAACCUCAUGCAUCAAGCUGUGACUAUCAUGCCUGAAGGGUAUGUGGUGAUUGAUGUAGGAAUCCUCAGUCCUUCAGAAUUGAAGGACAUAGUUCUCUCCAAGUUUAUUGCUUUGUUAUUGCAGUUUGUUUCACAAAGGCAAAGGCCUGUCAGAGGCAGUGCAUCAAAAUUGUUAUUAGACUACAUUCGAACUUCCCAAUGCAAGACUGCUGUUACUGCAUCCGGUUGUUACCUUUGUCCUGCUCCUGGCUCCAAAGGUACUAAAGUAUUGGUUUGCUGCUCUACUGAUGCUAAUUUGACACUAGAGUUGCUAAAUCCAUUCUCGACUGAAGGAAAUAACAGCACAAUUUCAGAUGAGGUAGAACAAAUUGUAGCAAAUGGGAGGUCAUACUCAGAUCAGUUCCCUCAAAGUACAAUAGGAAUGCAAUUUUUGAACCUAACAUUUUCCGAUUCCAUUCUAUCUGAAGCCAAAAGGGAAGGCAUUAUUGGUGAAUCAACCUACAAGAGUAUUAUUUGUCUACAGAGAGAGGAAAGCAAUAAUUUCACGUCCAAAACUAAUAUUGCGCUCGAAAACAAGGUGGAACACAGAGUCGAAAACACAGCUUCUGCUCCAAGCAAAGUACUCCAUCCUGAAAAAGUUGGGUACUUCAUGAACAGAUUUUUAGUGAAGUGGUAUCUGAGCAAGCAAAACACUUACACUUCAUUUUCCAUGAAAAAUUCUGAUGAACUCCAAGAUUUUGGAGAACAAAGAUGGAACUUUUGCAAUUCUUGCGUCCUUGGCCAUGAUUGGGUGGCCAGGGUCCGUUACAUGGUUGAUGCUGAUUGGUUGUACCUAGCAACGUUAUCAAAGAGAGAGGAUAGAAGCAUUGUUCAUGAAGAAGAACUCUCUCUUUCAGCGGACUCACGAGUAAUGAGCAACAUAAAUUUGUGUUCUGCUUGUACAAAGAAAUCAGCUGAAAGAGCUCUCCUCUUAUUGAAGUCCAUUCCAGUUGCUGCAAGAAGAGCUUUACCUGUCUUGGUCAAUGUGGAUGGGGUGUUGCUAAGCAUACCAAGUGUGGGUUUCCAGCACUGUCCUUGCUUGGUAGCAUCUGCGAUAUUUAAGCCAAAAAUACCUCUGGGUGGAGGUUACAGUUCAUUCCUCUAGUUGUUUUACAAUGUAACCAAUGUGAACUUGUUCAGUAACUAAUCCUAUGAUCAGUGUAGCUGGCCUGGCCCUCUGCAGUAUCCAAGGGGAGAUAUUUUCUCUGUUCGAGACUACUUAAUGUAGAAAGGUAAGGUCGAGGAUGAAGGUAGAAGUUAGUAGGUAGCGAGUGUUGACUUUAUGUGGGAGAAUCACGGGGCUAGAUUCCCUCCUCUUAUCCUUGUUUGUAGUAUUAGUUUCUUGUUCUUUAAUGUAUAUUAAUAUAUGUUGCUUCAUUUUUGCUUUA